AUGGAGAGUGGGUGUGAGGAGAGUGGGUGUGAGGAGAGCGGGUGUGAGGAGAGUGGGUGUGAGGAAAGUGUGUGUGAGGAGUGUGUGUGUGAGGAAAGUGUAUGUAUGGAGAGUGGGUGUGAGGAGAGUGGGUGUGAGGAGAGCGGGUGUGAGGAGAGUGGGUGUGAGGAGAGUGGGUGUGAGGAGAGCGGGUGUGAGGAGAGUGGGUGUGAGGAGAGUGGGUGUGAGGAGAGUGGGUGUGAGGAGAGCGGAUGUGAGGAGAGUGGGUGUGAGGAGAGUGGGUGUGAGGAGAGCGGGUGUGAGGAGAGUGGGUGUGAAGAAAGUGGGUAUGAGGAGAGCGGGUGUGAGGAGAGCGGGUGUGAGGAGAGUGGGUGUGAGGAGAGUGGGUGUGAGGAGAGCGGGUGUGAGGAGAGUUCGUGUGACUAG